AUGACAACUGCUACAUCUAACGUUCUUGAGGACUUUGAAGCAUUUCUAGAACCAGAUUUCGAUCCAAUUCAUUUUGCUAAUGAGCUUCUACUAGGCACUAACGGUAGUGACAACACCGAACUCGAUCUAGCCACGCCAAUCAAGAAACUUAAGUUUGAUGUGGACGAAUGUAACAAACGUAUGAGUUCGAUUGCUUCAAACAACUAUGAAGAUCUUGUGAUUAACUUCUCUACCAUUGAAAAUCUCCAAUCGAUCCUCAUUGACCAGAUUAAUCCCCAACUCGAACGAAUAAAUGCACCCUUCAACAGAAUCAAACAAGAAAUUAUCCAACCAUAUGAUGAAGCAGUUAAAUUAAACAAUGCUCUCAAGAGAAUUCACCAAACUUUAAACUUGCUACGCAGUGCCAGUUUCUUCAUUGUACUUGUACAACAACUUGAGGAGUUGGAACAAGGUGAUAACUUCUCAGUCGACGAUUCCCACGGGGAUGUUGUUCGCUUGGCAAAACUCCAUUCUCAAAUCAGACAAUUGUAUCAGAGUGCUUCUGGAGAAGAUACAAGUACGCAUAUCUUACUGGUGAAGCUUAUCCGCGACUACCAAGGCAUUGAAGCUGCUCGAAGAGCAUCCUUAAUUAAUCAAUGUUCUCAGUUAAUCAACAAUGAAUUCUCUCAUUUGACGUCUCUCCAUCCGGGGAACAGGAAAUUAAACAACAACUUACAAGCGUUAUACAUUUUGGAUCCAAACGAAUUCUUUUUAAUCUUCGAUAAGGCAACAAUAACUAGACAGGUGACUAUCAAUGUCAACCUUCUUUCUCGUGCGUUACAAUCGCCACGUAACUUCACCACCAUAGUGAAAGAAGUCAAGGAUACAUCCCAGGAAUAUUUUGAGAAAUUGAAUGCCAUCCUUUCUGGUUGGAAAAUGGAUGACGAUCAAACAAUCUUGCAUGUUGUGUUGACUCACUAUAAAGUUGAAUUACUUUAUGCUUUAUAUUGGUCAAAAUUGAAUCAUAAGUUCAAAAAGAAUAUUGCAUCAACCAUGGCUAGAGUGGGACCAAUUGCAAAGAACUUGAAAGUAUACUAUGAAGGAUUAAAGAAUGCCGUACUGGAAAUGUUCACUACAGAAUAUGAAAAACGAUUAAUUUUGGAUUCACUUUCACUCAUAAAUAGAUAG